CGUGUUCACUUGGACAUCCAAGUUGGUGAGCAUACAAACAACUAUGCAGAAAUCGCUGCCAAAGACAAGCUGACGGAGUUGCAGCUGAGGGUACGACAGCUGAUGGAGCAGGUGGAUCAGGUCCAGAAAGAGCAGAACUAUCAGAGGUAUCGUGAGGAGCGCUUCAGACAGACCAGCGAGAGCACCAAUCAGAGGGUGCUGUGGUGGUCUAUCGUCCAGACGCUGAUCCUGGUGGCCAUU